CAAGCCUGAGGGAAACGGAAAUUCAAGCAGUUUCUAGUUCAGAUAUUACACAUGCUUACGUUUUCUAAUGGCCGACGACUCACCUCCUACAAUUUCCUCUCUGGACAACUACUGCCACAGGUCUUCUCGCCGUGAUUCUGAAGGAUUUUAUUUGCCUUGCCGGUACGUGCUUGCCGUGUUGUCUUGCUCUGGUUUUUGUGUUGUGUAUCUUCUGAGGGUGAAUUUGAGUGUGGCACUGGUUGCAAUGGUUAACUCAACUUAUGCAGAUGCAAAAGCUACCGCAAACAACCCCGAAUGUCGAGGAAAUUUCGCAAACGUGACUCGAGUUAAGGUUGGAGAAUUUAAGUGGGAUCAAGAGACACAAGGGCUUAUCCUCGGUGCAUUCUUUUAUGGUUACAUAGUCACACAACUUCCAGGAGGUUGGUUAGCAUCCCGUUAUGGUGGGAAGUAUGUGUAUGGCUGUGGAGUCCUUUUGACAUCAGUGGCAGCAAUGUUUACUCCAGCGGCUGCUUAUCAUAGUGUUGCAAUGUUAAUUUUGGUCAGAGUGGUGGAAGGUCUUGGACAGGGUGUGACAUUUCCAGCCAUUCAAGCCAUGUGGGGUUGUUGGGCUCCGCCUUUAGAGAGAAGCAAAUUGGCCACCAUUUCUUCCUCAGGCCUUAGCCUAGGUACAAUACUUGCAAUGCCAAUAUCUGGGUUAUUGUGUGCAUCAAAUCUCUGGGGAGGAUGGCCAUCAGUAUUUUAUAUCUUUGGUGCCAUUGGUAUUUUAUGGGCUAUUGUGUGGCUACUGUUAACUCAUGACAGACCUGAAAACCACCCCAGAAUAUCAGCCAAGGAAAAAGAGUACAUACAGUCAAGUAUAGGGUCUGGGGAGGAUGCCCAAACAAGGAAAUAUAAAACUCCUUGGUUGAGGAUUUGUAGCUCACCAGCUGUCUGGGCCAUUGUUGUUGCAAACUUUUGUGACAACUGGGGCUUCUACACUUUUCUCACUGGUUUACCAUCUUAUCUAAAAGAAGUUCUGGAUUUUUCAAUUACUGAGAAUGGCUUUGUGUCUGCUCUUCCAUACAUACUGAGUUUCAUAGGUACUGUAGGCGGUGGCCAACUUGCAGAUUGGCUACGUUACAACAGGAUAUUAACAACUGGAGAAGCCAGGAAAGUAUUUUGCAGUGCUGGUUUCCUGAUUCCAGCAUUUCUUUUGGUGUCCACAAGCUAUGUUGGAUGUGAUAACACCAGCCUUGCUGUUGUACUCUUUACAAUUGCAUUAGGAGUACAAUCUUUCAACUCAACCUCUUAUUCUGUCAACCACUUGGAUAUUUCACCCAGAUUUGCUGGUAUUCUGGUAGGGAUAACCAACGCAUUUGGUACAAUUCCUGGUAUUGUUGGACCCUAUGUCGUAGGAUAUCUUACAAACAAUCAGCCAACAAGAGCACAGUGGCAGAAAGUAUUUUACAUAUCAGCUGGAGUGUUUGUUUUUGGUUGGUUUAUUUAUUUACUCUUUGGAAGUGGUGAGCUGCAGUCAUGGAACACUCCUUACAAAGAUGUGCCAGUGCCUGUGGAUAUUCCAGGGGAGGCUAGGAUACCAGCCAUGGCUGACCACUAUUCAAUUAACCAUGCUGACACUCGUGACAAAGAUCAUGCAAUGCAAGCCUGUAGUUAGUGCUUUUUGUCCACAAUUAGUUGAUGGGACCAGAUAGUAUUAAUUGUAAAAAUAACUUACCAAUUUUUGACAAUACUGCUAAUUGAAAGGGGUUUGACUUUGUUACACGAUGAGAAAGCUAUGUUAAUGUGCAGGACUUCAAGGGAGUUCUAACCCAUUCUUUUUUCUUCAUGAUGGUAAACAUACACUGAACAGUAUUAUGACUAUUCAUCACAAACCACAGGGUUUUUUUUUCAGUUUCAAUCCACCAAUUUCAGUUAGUAACUUUGUAGAUAUUAAUUUUUUGUUGUUGUUAUUCCAGAGAUAAAAGCAAUGAAGCUUUAAAUUUAGUUAUGUUUUGAGGGAAUUUUGAAUUCUGAGUGGAGCCUGGGGACCAUAAUUAUUUCUGAUUGCUUUAAGAUAAAGAAUACUUGCAUCACUUUUUUGCAUAUUAUUAAUUGAAAUACCUCUGUGUAGGGUUAACUUAAUAACCUUUUUGCAAAGCCAAAUAUUGAGGUAUAACCAUAGCUUAACAAAUAUUUCACAUUUUGGUCAAUAUUCAUGUGAGGAUAUUACAAAUGAAGCACAAUUGUAAUCAACUUACAUACAUGUUGCACAGACAUACUUUUAUCACUCCAAAAGGGGUUUUCAGAAUAAAGGUCCUUUUUUGUGAUUAGGAUACACAUCCUUACAAAUGAAGGUGAAAUAAGAAAAUUAAAUGACCUCUCAGGUUGAAAACAAUAA